GCAAUCAAGUUUGUUUGGUAGCAGAAAGGAAACAGGCACGCUUUCUUUCUUCGGCACUCGUGAUAGCUAACAAGCUAACAGCAUAAUUACCCACGGGAAUUAUUAGCGGGGUAGCUACGUUUUUAACACCGGGGACAGUUUCUGUUUUCUGUGUGUAAGUAUGCAAGUCAACAGAGGACCUCGCCCUGAACAUCAGAAUCACGGACCACCCAGACAACAACAGAACCCCCAAGACCACCAGAAAAAAGCAGCGGUUGCUAACAGCAAUGGGCAGCAUGCAGAGGGCAGUGAGCAACCAAGUCCAAAUUCUUCCUUGACCAUUGAUCUGCAGAGUUUCCGAAAGCCUGGUGAGAAGGCUUACACCCAGCGCAGCAGACUGUUUGUGGGGAAUCUGCCAGCUGGGGUCACUGAGCAGGAGGUUGAGAAACUCUUCUCAAAGUAUGGAAAGUCUUCAGAAAUUUUCAUCAACAAGGACAGGGGCUUUGGCUUCAUUAGACUGGAGUCCAGAACCUUGGCGGAGAUCGCCAAAGCGGAGCUUGACGACACACCGUUCAGGGGCAGGCAGUUGCGUGUGCGCUUUGCGACUCAUGGAGCUGCCCUUUCUGUGAAGAACCUGCCUCAGUUCAUUUCCAAUGAGCUGCUGGAAGAGGCUUUCUCCAUCUUUGGGCAGAUUGAAAGGGCCAUUGUAAUUGUGGACGACCGGGGCAGACCCACAGGGAAGGGGAUUGUAGAGUUUGCAGCCAAACCAGCUGCUAGGAAAGCCCUGGAUAGGUGUGCUGAUGGUGCCUUCUUACUGACUGCGUUUCCCAGACCUGUGACAGUGGAACCCUUGGAACAAUUUGAUGAAGAUGAGGGUCUGCCAGAGAAAAUAAUUAACAAAAACCAGCAGUACCACAAGGAGCGGGAGCAACCGCCACGAUUCGCCCAGCCUGGGACGUUUGAGUAUGAGUACGCUAUGCGCUGGAAGGCCUUAAUGGAGAUGGAGAAGCAGCAGUAUGAGCAGGUGGAGAGGAACAUCAAGGAGGCGCAGGAGAAACUGGAGGCUGAGAUGGAGGCCGCACGGCACGAGCACCAGGUCAUGCUGAUGAGGCAGGAUCUGCUGAGACGCCAGGAGGAGCUGAGGAGGAUGGAGGAGCUCCACAACCAGGAGCUGCAGAAGCGCAAGCAGAUCGAGCUGCGGCAGGAGGAGGAGCGGCGCCGUCGCGAGGAGGAGAUGAGGAUGCACAAUGAGGAGAUGAUGAGGAGGCAGCAGGAGGGCUUUAAGGGCAACUUCCCUGAGAAUAGGGAGCAGGACAUGAGGAUGCAUAUGGGAGGUCAGGGAAUGGGAAUGAACAGAAACGCCAUGGGAGGGAACCCUGUGCCGGCGGGAACUGGAAACAUGCCUGCCGAGGCAGCGCCUUUAAUGCCGGGAGCAGGGAACAACGCAAUGGCAGGAGGUCAGGCCGGGUUCCCAAGAGGCCCCCCAGGACCUGCUGACUUUGGUCCCAACAAACGCCGCAGAUUCUGAGAAACAUCCCUUUUGUGUUUUUUUUUUUUUUUUUGGUAACUUUUGUU